AUGGGGGAGAAGCAGUGCCAACGGAGCAUCCUAUCCUGCGCUCGCUGUCGGCGCCGGAAAAUCAAGUGUGAUCGAGGAAUACCCUCCUGCUCCCAAUGCCUCAAAGCUAAGGCUGAAUGUGCGGGCUCCAACCCCCGCGGCGGUGAAGCCAAAGUGCCCCGGAGUAUCGUCCACUUUCUGGAAGACGAGAUUGCAGCAUUAGAAACGGAAUUGUCCCAAAAAGAGGGCUUGGAUGCAUUGAAUGCCUCCGAUACUCUACUUGGGUUGCGUCAGCAUGCUCAUGGCUUCGUCGUUGAUAGAAUGAGUCAUCACGAGGAUGACCAUACUAGUACUUCACCAUCGCCGCCGCCUGAUCCAGUGCACCGGGCGAUUCUGGCAAGUGAAGAUAUUCAGAUGAUGAUUGCGGCUGUUUCGCCCCUUGAAUCCGAUCUCACAGACUUGGUAUCGCGUGUGCGUAUGGGAUUGACUCCAUCCUCUGCUAAAGCCUCCGCGACUCCAACAGAGAUCAGGAGAAGCGCAAUUAGUCCGCGUGCAUGUAGAUCUACACUGGACACCAAGGUUUUAAAGAGCCUACCUACUCAUCUGGCUCAAAGCCUGAUCGAUAAAUUUAUCCAUCACCUACUGCCGCAGUAUCCGUUUCUUCAGCCACACACAAUACGGGAUCAACUAAGUCGUGUCCUCAAAUUUGUGCAAUGUGCUGAUACGACAUCACCAAUCGGCUCCGCGGAGCUUCUCCAAGUCUCUAGUUAUGAUUGUCUAACUAUAUACUUGAUCAUGGCCAUCACCGUGACGCUAGGGAGUUCUAAAGGCGGCCAUGAAAGCCGUUGUUUUGCGUUUUCCAAUGCGUUGUAUGAAGAGGGAAUCCAGCACUGGCCAAGCAGGUCUUCUAUUCCGUCAGAUCUAGCUGAAGUGCAACUCACUCUUCUAAUCCUACUCUUUGCAUCCAUCAACCCGCGAGCCGCGAAUGUGUGGGUGUUGUGCGGUACCGCUAUGAGGCUGUGCUUUCAGCUGGGACUUCAUAGAGAAGCUUCUGAAAUGAAGUGGAGUCUUGACUCGGAAACGCUUGAUUUACGCCGUCGUAUAUUUUGGUCUGCAUAUUGCUUGGACCGGUCAAUCUGUAGCGUUUUGCAUCGACCUCUAUCAAUUCCGGAUGCGGCUAUAGACGCCCCAUUUCCUUCCCUGCAAGAACAGUCCGUGGUAGCAGGAAUGUCAGGGGCUUACAUACAGUGGUCUAAACUGCAUCGUUUACAGUCUGAACUCAUUGGUGUCCAUUUUCAAGCUGCCGCAUUACCUGAUAGUAUGUCAUGGGACGACUGGCUGGGCUACAUGGAGGAGAAAGGCCGCACUUUGAAUAAGCACUGGCAAGUCACAAUUGAAGGCGUUGAUGAGAUGAAAGACUUCUCAUUCUGCCGAUUUAUUUUCACGCUCCACCGUCCGUCGCCUCGCAUGUCGCUUCCCUCGCAGAGCAGCUUACUCACCUGCUUUGAGGCUGCAACCCAAUGGGCUCAAUUAGCCAAGGAGCAUUUUGAGCGUGGCUACUUUCGCCGACCAUGGUUUGCGGCACAUCACAAUUUCGAGGCAGCUAUGGUUGUAUUGUUUUCUCUUCGCCAUUCUGGUACUGCUAUUCGCCAAAAGUUUGGUGCCCAGCACGUAUUUGAGAGGACAAAGCUUCUCACUUCUAAUUUCCUGAUUAUUGCAUCCCAGGGCUGGACGGAGGUGGCAGCUUGCGCCGGAAUCUACGAACGACUUCUUGGUCCUCUACUGGAAUCUGUGUUCUCCCCUGAUUGCAUACUUCAUUUCAGCGCUAGUCAAGACGCGGAACUUACUCGUUUUCUGUAUCACGGUUCAGCGCAACUGCAACCAGCUAGGUUCGACAUGGACUCAGAUUUCAUAAGUCUGCCUGAUAAUCCAUUUGAAUUGCUCACAAGCAAUCAUGCUGGAAGAAGUCGGACGAAUGGCUCUUUUGAUGCAGCUAGUUACCCUGGAUGGAACUUGCUUGACCACUGGUUCGUGGAGGAAAGCUUGAAUGAUAUUCAUUAA